AUGCAUAUAGCAUGGGAAAACCAGGUCCCAAUGGUCAUCAAAGAUGCUAUUACUGUCAGGGGGAGAACCACAUCAGAAAUCUGGUGCACCAUCGCAUCAGCAUAUCACACCCCCUUGAGGCAACUACCCAAUACAUGGGUUAUAGACUCAGGGGCAACUGAGCACAUUACAAAUGACAAUACAAUCCUUAUUUUCCCAUCUCCAUGCACCAGAAUUGUGAAAACUGCUGGUGGAAUGCUAAUUGGAAUCAAGGCUAGGGGUCAAGCCAUUGUCAAUGUUGAUGGAUUCAAAGUAUAUCUCAACAAUGUACUUUAUGUUCCAGAAGCAAGCAUAAAUCUAAUGUCAGUGCGAGCCCUAACAUCCAAUGGUGUAUGUGUGAUGUUCAAUUCAGAUAAUGCACACCUCAUGUGGCCUAAUGGUCAUGAGGUGAAAGGAUAUACCAAUACCUGUAUGAGGCAUUGGGAAACCCACCCAACAAAGUCAGAAGCCCUUAUAUCAAUGAUAGACAACAAAAUGAAAGAACUACCAGAACAACUCAAAAUUGAAGAGCCACCAAAACCACGAAGUUUCACCAGGGACUUCAUUCACAAACAAUGUGGUCACCCUGGCCACAACAAAAGCAGAAUGAUAGAAAACAUGUACAACAUCAAGAUUAGACCAUAUGAAUGUCAAGAUUGUAUGGUGAGCAAGUCAAUGAAAGCACAAAUGGGACAAGGCAGUGGCAAAUGUGCCAAGCAUCCAUUAGAACUUAUACAUGUUGACUUGGCGACACACUUCUUGACAAAAACAAAAUUCACCUCCAUAUUGGUGGCAGUAGAUGACACAUCCAGUUUCACUUAUGACAAGCCUCUAUGUUCAAAGGCUGAUGUGCUGCAAGUAUUGAAAGAAUGGGUCAACUAUGCCAAAACUCAAACUGGACACAAACUCAAGGCUCUCCAAUCCAAUAAUGGAACAGAAUGGAUCAAUGCAAAUGUGAUCACAUGGCAGAAUGACACAGGAUUUCAAUGGCAGAAGACAUCGACAUACAACAGCAAGCAAAAUGGAAAGGCAGAAUGA